AUGAGCGGCGGCGGCGGCGCCCUGCCGGCCCCCAGCCCAGAGCGGGCUCUGUCCGCCCGCGGCGCCCGCAUCGCCGGCAGCGCCCCGGGGCUGCUGGACAAGGGCUUCGCUCUGUACGUCGCGGACCCCUUCGAUCGCCACCUCAAUCCUCAGGGCAUUCUGAAUUUGGGAACAAGUGAGAACAAACUUUGCUUUGAUUUAAUAGAGGAGAGACUCAAAAGACCUGACAUGAAUUAUCUAGAGCCUGCUCUUUUCCACUAUUCUGAUACACAAGGUACUAAAAGCUUCAGAGAAGAAAUUGCCAAAUUUCUGACAGACUAUGCUAGAGCUGCAAUAGCACUGAAUCCAGACCAUAUCACUGUUAUGAGUGGCUGUUGUGCUGUUUUUGCUACACUGUCAACUGUAUUAUGUGACCCUGGUGAUGGAUAUCUUAUUCCAACUCCAUACUAUGCUGGUAUAAAUUUGAAAACAUGGCUAUACGGUGGAAUACUGCCUGUUCAUGUGCCCUUGUUCAGUGAGGUGACAGAUGAAGAAGGUCACCCUUUCCAGUUAACAAUUGAAAAAUUAGAAGCUGCACUACAGACAGCUAAAGAACAGGGCAUCCGAGUCAGAGCAUUAAUCCUAAUCAACCCUCACAAUCCGUUAGGGGACAUUUACCCAGCACAGUUACUGAAAGAAUGUCUAGAGUUCGCACACAGAUAUGAACUGCAUGUAAUCGUGGAUGAAAUAUACAUGCUGUCUGUUUAUGGUGAUGCCACCUUCACCAGUGUUCUUAGCUUAGAUUGUGUACCAGAUCCAGAACGGACACAUUUUAUGUGGGGUUUUAGCAAGGAUUUUGGUAUGAGUGGUAUCAGAGUUGGAGUACUGUAUACGAGAAACGAUGAAAUUCGGAAAGCUGUGAAUCAACUGGCUGUCUUCCAUGGCUGUCCUGGACCUGUUCAGCACGUUCUCAGUCAAUUCAUUAGUGACAGAGACUGGUUGGAUAACGUGUUUUUUCCCACCAACAAGAAGCGACUUAAAGAAGCGCAGAAUAUUCUUGUGGAUGGACUUGCAGAUGUUGGAAUACCUGUGCUCAAAAGUUCAGGAGGACUGUAUGUGUGGGCAGACUUCAGAAAAUUCUUAAAGUCUCAGACAUUUGAAGCGGAACUUGAAUUAUGGCAGAAGCUCAUUGAUGAAAAACUCCUGAUUAGUCCUGGAAAAGCUUUUUAUUGUUAUGAGCCUGGAUGGUUUAGAUUGGUUUUCUCUGAUUCUGUAGAUAAGAUUUACUUGUGUAUUCAGAGACUUGAGCAAAUGCUGCACGCUGAUGCUGCUGAACCAGCUGCAAACAGCACAUCUUCUAGAGUGCAUAAAGCAUCUGCAUUAGAAGAAGGUUCUUCAGGCAACCCUUCAAACACACCAGCAGAUGAUGUCUCCCAGCCAAAAAAUAUACUUCUUUAUAAUAAUCAUAUAUGCAUUUAAUGACUUGACACAAUUUAGCAUGCUGAUAUUUACUAAGGGAGCCUAUGACCAGUAUUUUUGACUAUAACCUUACCUUAGCAGUUUCACUUUGCUGUCACCUGGCAUUAUUAAAUUGUAAGUGGAACUGCUAAAAUUGAAUUUUAGGAAACUGGGCAUCAUGGAUAUUCUGAAAUUAGCCCCUCUUCAGCACAGUGCUCAGUUUCACUCAACUUCAAGUGUGAUAAGUGUCAGUAAAAUCGGAGUCUUAUAUGUAUGCUUGCACAGUUGUUGAAAAACUGUUGUACAUGUAACUAUAUAUUGUAGCCUGUUCAUUUUAAUCAGAAACCUGAAAGUACUGAGUUGCAGUUGAUAAUCAA